AAUGCUGGGAGGUCGGAGGCCCGGAGAGGUGGGAACCCUGGGGCAGUGGCUGUCCGGAGUCUAGGCGACGGGGCGAGACGGGGCCGGUAGGUGGCAGGAGGGGGCCGAACCGGAGCCAGCGAGAGCGCCUGGCCCGGAGGCCCCCAUCCUGGCGUACCCGUCCCGGUUCAGGAGGAGGAGGAUGAUCUCCAGAUACACUCGGAAGGCCGUGCCACAGAGCUUGGAGCUGAAAGGAAUAACAAAACAGGCUCUUAAUCAUCAUCCUCUUCCAGAGCGACUAGAUGAAACUUCCUCUGCCAGUGACAGUCAUGAAAAAGACACAAGUUCCCAAAGGAUAGAUUACACAAGGCAAGGUUUUAAUAUAAAUUGUCAAAUGAAAGGUGCAGAAUGCAAAGAACUUGAUCAAAAUGCCACUGAAAAAGUUCAGGUGAUGUUCACAGCCAUUGACGAGCUCCUGUAUGAGCAGAAGUUGAGUGUGCACACGAGAAGUCUCCAUGACGAGUGCCAACAGUGGACAUCCAGCUUUCCCCACCUCAGGAUUCUGGGUAGGCAGAUAAUUACUCCAAGUGAAGGUUAUGAAUUAUAUCCUAGAUCCCCUUCUGCUGUUUCAGUUUCACAUGAAGCAGUCUUGUCUCAAGAAAGAGAUUUUAUUAUACAUGGUAUAAGGGGGAAAAGGUUACAGUUUUCAUCUUCUUAUGCUCAUAAAGCAUCUUCUAUUGCCGAAUCCCCUGGCUUGUGUGCUAUGGAAACAGAAAAAGAAGACUGUAUAAUCUCAGAAGGAAUAAUCGAGGAAUACCUAGCUUUUGACCUCACAGAUAUGGAAGAGAGAUUUCAUGAAAAGAAGUCAGAAGCAGCUGCAGAGAAACAGAAGUUAGGGUACCCUCCCAUUGCUCCGUUUUACUGCAUGAAAGAGGAUGUCCUUGCUUAUGUGUUUGACAAAGUCUGGAGCAAGGUUGUGGCCUGUUUGGAGCAGUUGACACAUAGUCACUGGGAGGGAUCUGCUUCUGAUGAUGAGAAUAAUGUUGGAACCACCAGACUGGAUAUGGAAAGUCCCUGUGUGCUGAAUGAACCACAUCCUUUGGUGUUACCCCAAGUACCACAGUCUAAGAUGCUGUCCAUUACCUCAAAUCUAAUGAGUUUCUGUCAAGCAAGUGGUCACCAGCCAAAUAUGAAUGGUCUCUUGGUUCAUGGGAUGCCUCUACAGCCAAGAAAUCUCUCCCUAAUGGACAAGCUCCUAGAUCUUGCUGACAAGCUACUUAUGAGGCCUGGGUCCAGUACCAUCCUUCCAACCCGAAAUUGGCCAAACCGAACCCUGGAGCUUGGCACAUCAUCUGUGUUACAUACAGUACAGUCUGCCAGGAGACGUAAUCCCCCACCACGUACCCUUCAUCCGAUCAGCACAAGCCAUUCCCGCACUGGAAUGCCAAGACCUGUGGAAGAAAUCCUCAGAGGAUCCCGAGUCCCAGUGGCAGCCGACUCAUUCUCUCCCUCACCAAUGCCCUUGGGUCGAAAUAACCUGCUGCCACCUAUUGGCACAGCUGAAGUGGAAUAUCUGAGCAGUGUGGGGCCACAAAGGCAAUCGAAACCCCGUGCCCAAGGGGAUCCCAGUCGAGCUCAAAGUGCAGUGAUGGACGAGCCUAACCAUCAGCAGCCUCAGGAGAGGAUCCUUUUACCCAACUUCUCCAGACCCAACACAACUCAGUCAUUUCUGCCAGAUACACACUAUCAUCAGGCAUUUGCAGUUGAGUACCCUCAUCAGGCCCGACCCGGUAGGGGAGCCACAGGUUCACAGUUACAUGGCUCUACAAAACCUCAAAGCAGGGGUGGACCAGUCUCUAGAACCAGGCAAGGACCGCAGGGCAAAUGAGAAGAAUCUAUGAAGCUGCAGCAAACAUGUAAGAUACCAUGAAUCAGUGUUCAGUCACUGAGUGAGUAGAGCUUGUAUACAAGACCAGCUUGAGUCCAUCUUCAUAGUUAUUUUGGUACAACUGACUGAGGAAAACAGAAUGUAUCUGCCAAAGACAGCAUGGGUACAGUCUCCAUCUCCAGUUACUGUCUUCCUUCAGCAUAAGUUACCUCUUCCACUGGACAGUGAAGACUGUACCCCAGAUGUAACAAUGAAUGAUUACCUCCAAUCACUGCUCAUGUUGUCUGUUAACAGUUCAGUUAUAUAGGAUUCCGUGAGAUUACAUAAACACAAAAAGCAGCAAAUGACUGUUAACAAUGUCACUGGCUUCAGAAUACUUCAGCUAGUAUUAAUUUCUGGAGAGCUACACUCAAUUCAAGUUGACUCAUUUUUAGGAGAUGGUAUUAUCAAAACUCUCACCUACUUUUCAAAUAAAUGUCACUCUUAAAGGUUUCACUUUAGAUGUCCAAUCCUAUUGCCAAAAUGAAAUGGAAGGAUUGAGUAAAGACAUAAGCAUUGGUAUAAGUAACUUGAGUAAUAAAUUGUGUAUUUUUUUUUAGAUUGGAUAGCUCAACCUUACAUAAUCCUGCUUGAUAUCAGGUUAUGCUUAUUUUAUUUUAUUAUUUUUUCCUGGUACCGGGGAUCAAACUUGGGACCUUGCGCUUGCGAGGCAGGCGACGGAACCACUGAGCUAAAUCCCUGGCAGUUAUGCUUAUUUUAAAGUACUGUAUUCAUCAUUUUCUCCCAAAAAUAUUUAACUCACUUUGACAGAUCUCCUGAAGCUCUAAAAAAGUUAUAUAUAUAUUUUUUUAAUUCACAGGAUUGGGCUGGGGAUUUAGCUCAGUGGUUCCAGCCCUGCCUCGAAAGCACGAGGACCCAAGUUCGAUCCCUGGUACCAAAAAAAAAAAAUUCGUAGAAUCUAUGUUUUGAGCCAUAAAGGCACAAUUCCUUAAAAAAUUUAAGAAACUGGCAAUUUGUCCAGUAUAAACAUAUCCUAAGAGCAGCAGGAAUAGAGAACUUUGGCAUUCUUCUAAUUUUUUAUUGUGAACUCACAAAUGUAGCAAUAGCUUUAAAUAAGGAUUAAUUUCUUAUCUUAAUUUCAAUGAAUGUUAACCUUAACUAUCAUACCAGGUUUAUUGUUAAUUCGCAGAGUGUAUAAACUGAAAUGACCAUAAACUGAGGUGACUUAAAUUAUACCAGUGUUCUAAUGCUAUAUCAUAUGAAGACAAGUUCAAACCCACAUAAUAUUUGGGGGGGGGGGUUACCGGGGAUUGAACUUGGGUCCUUGCACUUGCGCAGCAGGUGGUGAAACCACUGAGCUAAAUCCCUGGCCCCCCACAUUAUUUUUUUAAUACAAUUAAAGGGUAUUUUUAACUUUUCUUAACUACAAACUGAAAAUGUAUUGUGCUUAUUUCUGAUAAAUUAUGUCAUAUAAUGUUUAAUGGCAAGAGAAAGCUUUUAUCCAUUACUGUAUAUUGACUAUAGUAGUCUACAAACUGAAGAUUUUAAGUUAAACAGUCCUUUUAAAAAUUACAUAUAUUACAAUGAAUACAUACCACCAACCUAUCAAAAUAGAAAUAAAAUCUUUGUACUAUUA